GUUCUGUCAAGUGUCAAUAAUGUCAGUGGAAUUGAAAAAGUAAACAAACAAAAAUUGUGAAUAAAACCUAAAAUAAAAUGAAUUUCAUUUCAAACACAAUGAAUAUAAUAAGUUAUAGUGAACCUAAAACGUAAACUGUCAUCAACUAGCUGCUUCUAUGAAUAUUUUUAAAAAGAUAUCAUUCAAAAUUUCGUGUAAUUAUCACUCCUUAUGAGCAAGGAUUGUUUCCUGAUCUUGAAAUUACCAUAGUUAUUUCAAAGUUUAUUAUAAUCCUAGGUGAGAUGAUGUUGGCAUGAGUAUGGUUGUGUGCAUGGAUAUUACCAAUCAAGAAACUGCAUCACAAAAUACACAAAUGCCAGAACUGACGGUCACAUCUGAAAUAUAUGAGGAGUAUGAUUAUAAAACUAAAAUAUCGCCCAGUACAGAAGGAAAUGUGAUAUCAGAGUUUCCCUUUUUAUUGCCUAAAGCUGGAAGCAGUGCCACAUAUGAUGACGAUGAUGAUCUGGACAUCGAGAGGCCACAGAAGGAAUUUAUUAGAAUUGAACACAGUUCCAAAACCAAAAUCGCGCUAGUAGGCCUACAAGUAUGGCGGGGCGCGUUCCUCCUCGGUGAUUGGUUGAUACACCUCGGCUUGAAAGGGGAACUGACCAAUCGGAGUGUGUUAGAACUUGGCGCGGGAACAGGACUCACCAGCUUUGUGGCCGCUUUGUAUGCUAAGAAGGUUAUUUGCACAGAUAUCAACAUGGGCGGUAUAUUAGACUUAAUUAAGUUAAACGCUAAGUACAACAAGAAGUUAGUGAAGUCACAAUUUAAAGUAAUGCCGUUGGACUUCACGGACACUGCCUGGAGUCCUGCCUUGUUAACUGAAAUAAAACAGGCGAGCAUAAUAAUUGCUGCUGAUGUAAUAUACGACGACGAUUUGACAGCGGCCUUCGUGUCGACAAUACAGAAGAUACUAAAUACAGAGCCACCCAAAACGUUAUACAUGGUGCUUGAAAAACGGUACGUGUUCACGAUAGAACACCUCGACUCGGUGGCGCCCUGCUACGAGACAUUCCUCACUCUGCUAGACAAAGUAAAGACAGAAAAUGCACAUUCCACGUGGAACAUACAACAACUACCUCUAGACUUUCCCAAAUAUUUCACCUACGACCGCGUCAAAGAUCUUGUUCUAUGGAAAAUCUCAUCGAUACCUAAUUAGUAAAUAAAGCUAAAAGA